UAUGAUUUUGAAUGGAAAGCAACCGUUACAGGACAUACAAUUCUCGACCCUAUAUAUACACACCCCUCACCUCCCAAAUUUCCUUACUCUUUUCUCCCACCACUCAAUUUUCAAACAAGUCACAGAACUCGUUCUUUCGAGCCAAACAAUGUCUCGGUUCACUGCGGCAUACUCAUUUGCAGUGAUCGCAUCAUGUUUGUCCAUGUUGGUUGCAGCAACUCUAGCACAAACUUGGGGAGGAAUCAGUACCCCCGGAAUACCCGGAAUUCCGGGUAUUCCGGGUAUCGGUGCCCCCGGAAUUCCAGGUAUUCCGGGUAUUGGUGCUCCUGGAAUUCCGGGUAUUGGUGUGCCGGACAUUCCGGGUAUUGGUGUCCCGGGCGUUCCGGGUGUUGGUGGGCCGGGCGCACCUGGCAUGGCCUGUUGGGACUCCCUCCGAGGCAUUCGUGGGUGUGCUGAAGCAGUCGCGGCCUCCACGAGGAGUGGCCGGAUCCAGAUUAGCCCAGAAUGUUGUCAGGCUUUCAUGGCUGUUACGGAUACUUGUUGGCCCAAGAUGUUCCCCUUCAACCCCCUUUUCCCCCCUAUGCUUAAGAACCGUUGCAUGGGACAAGACCAAUCGUCGCCUCUGCUCCCGCUACCGCCACCGCCUACGUAUUAAUAAUCGUGCUAGUGCAUGGCUAAUCUCUUCAUGGGGGAAAUUGAACAUGGCAUGGGGAGGUUUUUUGUUUCCUUCUAUUUUGUGUUGGUAUGAAAAAAUGGAACAAAAAGCUAGUGACAGUAAUGGUGUUAGUUUUUAGGCUUGAAUCUUUUGUUUCGCCGUCUUAUUUCAUAGGAGUAUGUUGCUGGAGUGGUAGCAUUUAGGAGCAAAAUAAGUUUCUUUGCUAUUGAGAAUGAAUAAAAGAUGGAUAUUGGUUUCUGGA